AUGUCGUGGCAAAGUGUCCCUCAAUAUCCCCAGUACCAAGAUCCAAAUCAGCAAUACAAUUACGGUGGCUAUCCACCGCAAGGAGGCUACGGUGGCGGACCUCCGCAAGGCGGCUAUCCGCCCUAUGCCCAAGGAGGAGCUCAACCUUAUCCACAGGGACCGUAUGGCCAACCCUAUGGACAAGGACCCCCACCAGGUGGCUAUGCUCCGCAACCGGGAUUCAUUCAGCCACCACCUGCAGCAGGGGGCUACGGAGCCUACGAUGAUCCAGAGAGUCAGCCCAAGAACUUUUCCUUCGACGACCAGAGCAUCCGUCGCGGAUUCAUACGCAAAGUUUAUUUGAUUCUAAUGGGCCAACUGUUGGUUACUUUCGGAGCAGUUGCCUUGUUCGUCUUUCACCAGGGAACAAAAGACUUCGCUGCCAAGAACAUGUGGCUCUUCUGGGUGGCUCUUGGCGUAAUGCUGGUCACUAUGCUGUGUAUGGCCUGUUGCGAUAGCGUACGCCGCCAGACACCGACAAAUUUCAUCUUCUUGGGAUUAUUUACAAUAGCUCAGUCGUUCUUAAUGGGAGUAACGGCCACUCGCUAUGCCCCCAACGAGGUUCUCUUGGCGGUGGGUAUAACGGCGGCUGUUUGUCUAGCACUCACGCUCUUUGCAAUGCAAACCAAAUACGACUUCACGAUGAUGGGCGGCAUUCUGAUUGCCUGCAUGGUGGUAUUCUUGAUCUUUGGCAUUGUGGCCAUGUUCAUGAAGGGCAAAAUCAUCACGCUGGUCUACGCCUCGUUCGGAGCGCUUCUGUUCUCCGUCUACCUAAUCUACGAUACGCAGCUGAUGAUGGGCGGCGAUCACAAGUACUCCAUCAGUCCCGAGGAGUAUAUCUUCGCAGCCCUGAAUCUCUAUUUGGACAUCAUCAACAUCUUCAUGUACAUUCUCACUAUAAUUGGAGCAUCGCGCGACUAAGGAUCCCGCGCGUAGACAAUCGAUUUAUUUCCAAAUAUUCUUUACAUUUUAACCGGCUCCAGCUUUAACCGGCUUACAUAUUGUUGUCGUCUAAUCUCAUUCGCCUCUAACCAGUUCUGACACUGAGAAACGAAACGGCGGCUAUAUUCAACUUAAAGAUUACUCAAAUAUCUACUAUAAAUCUAUAUCUUUCCCUGUUGUGUUUGGCCAGUUUCCUUAUAUGUAGUUGGUAAUAUGUGUUUUAAGGUGAAGUGAAUACAAAAUUAACAUUUUAAUUUGCUUUUUGUUAUGUAAUUCGUAUUUAAGCUGGUUUCCGACAUGAUUUUGAAUGUCAAGAAUUCCCCCUCAGCCUCUUCGGAGUAUUAUAUAAAUGCAGUUGCGAGGAUAAUUAAAAAUACCAAAUUGAUAUGCCAUUCACAUAAAAACAAUAAAUAGUCACGUAUAUACAUGCAUACAUAUACAUAUAUACUAUAUUAUAUGCAACACGGCUUGCAAUUGUUAAAUA